AUGACCAUGACGACGAUGGCUGACGGGCUGGAGGCGCCGGACUCGUCCAAAUCCGCCUUCAUGGAGUUCGGGCAGCAGCAGCCGCCCCAGCCCCAGCCCCAGCCGCAGCCCCAGCCGCCGCCGCCUCCUCCCGUGGCUCAGGCGCCCGGCGGCGGCGGCGGCGGCGGCUCCUCGCAGCAGCAACAGCAGCAGCAGCAGCAGCAGCAGCAGCAGAGCUCGCCGGCGGCGGCCAUGGCGGGCGCCCACUACCCGCUCCACUGCCUGCACUCGGCGGCGCCCGCCUCGCACUCGCACCCGCACCACCAGCACCCGCACCACCACCACCACCACCACCACGCCGCGCCCUACCCGGCCGGCCCCGCCGCCGCCAACUCCUACAGCCACCGCUCGCUCGCCGCCGCUGCCGCCGCCGCCGCCGCCUACCCCUACGUGAGCCACUCGCAGCACAGCCCCUACCUCCAGCCCUACCACGCCGGCGGCGCCGCCGGACAGACGCGGCCCGACGACGCAGAUCAGCAAAAAACCACAGUAAUCGAAAACGGGGAAAUCCGAUUCAACGGGAAGGGAAAGAAGAUUCGGAAGCCCCGAACCAUUUAUUCGAGUCUCCAACUGCAGGCUUUAAACCACCGAUUUCAGCAGACCCAGUACCUGGCGCUUCCGGAGAGAGCAGAGCUGGCAGCAUCGCUAGGACUUACUCAGACACAGGUAAAGAUCUGGUUCCAGAACAAGCGAUCCAAGUUUAAGAAACUGCUCAAACAAGGCAGCAACCCCCAUGAGAGUGACCCCCUGCCGGGCUCUGCCACUCUGUCCCCGCGGUCUCCCGGCCUGCCUCCUGUCUGGGACGUUUCAGCCUCUGCCAAAGGAGUCAAUAUGCCUCCCAAUAGCUACAUGCCUGGUUAUUCUCACUGGUACUCUUCUCCACAUCAAGACACAAUGCAGAGACCACAAAUGAUGUGAACGGGCCAAGAGAAACAGCUUCCCGGAGCAGCCGCGUCUCCAGCAGGGCCUUGCCAAGGGGGCCAGCUCGCGGGGCUCCGGGUGAAUUGGCGUGUGUGGCAAGGGAGAGAGACGGGCUGGCUUCGCCUUCCCCUUCCCUUUAACCUCAACCAUUGAUCUCGAACAGAAAGAGACCAUUUGCGUUGUGGGCCCACGUCAGAUGCUCCUCUUUAGGAUAUUUCCAACGGGACUCCAAGGCACCACAUCUCUCUUGGGAGUACAAGUCAAAGCAAAAAAAAAUUACAGACUUUUCCCACCAGUGGACCCAGCAACUUAAAAACAUAACACAACAAAAACAAAACUCCUUUAAUGAAAAAAGAAGCUAUCCUAUUUUUAUUCACUAAACCGAGAUUGACAGAACAGAUUGAAAGGGGGGGGGUGUAUUUUAAAAGCAAAUUAGGAGACAGAAUGCCGCUCCGAACGGAAAUAAAAGAAACACCUUUUUAAAAAAUAAAUAAAUGGGGUCGUGAUCAUGAAGCAAAAUCUGCAUGCUUUCUCCUAAUGGAACUGACAGCUGCCAGAAGGGAAGCCGCUGUCUAGCUCCAAUGCCUCACCGGACACGAAGAGCGCCUGAAACUGACCAGAAGGGCUCCUGCGCAUAUCCCGUGGCAAAGAGUAGGAACUGCGUUCUGGCUCACCCCUCAUUCAUUCCAGUAGGGUCAGCGCAGGAGAACCCGUCCUGUGGAUUGUACCCCAGGAGAAGAAAAACCGCCGGAAAGUAAUGCACCACCUUCCCGGUUCCCCAAAUUUAAGGGUAAAAAUUUGAGGGUAAAAUGUCCACCCCCACCCCGGUCGGCGGCGAUCUCUCAGCUACCGAACAAACUUGUUGUACAUAUUGCUGAAUUUUAGUUGUAUAUAUACUUUGUAUGUUUUGUCUCCUUUCAUAUAUAGAGUA